GAGACAAAUCUCGUUUAUUCUCGCGAGAAUCAACGACUGUAUGUUAAAGCUCCUUCCAUCUGCCAAACCGAAGCUGGACUGUUUUGCAUUAAAGCCAAUAUCUAGCAUUUUUUUUCUUUCUUUUUGUGUUUUUGAAGUACUUUCUAUCCAAGACGAAAAGUGUAACUAGUUAUAAAGGUAACCGAACACGUCAGUAGUCAUGCGCUGUUUGUUUCUCUUUUAAAGACCUUUCGUUUAAGCCGAAUCAAAACCAUUUGACACAACUUCUACUUAUUCAUGUCGUCGGAAUCUAUGACACUAGACAGGCCUGGAAAAGGAAAGUUACAUGGUGGGGCGGUGCUGCCCUCUGCUGGUCAGAGCGUAGAUGACAGCUGGAGCCUCGCGUAUGUCAGCGGGGAUCUGUUCUCGUGCCCGCCGGAGGAAGCCCUUGCGCACUGCAUCAGUGAGGACUGCCGCAUGGGGGCAGGCAUAGCGAUCAUGUUCAAGAGGAAGUUCGCUGGUGUGGCUGAGUUAAAGGAACAGAAGAAAGUGAGCGGACAGUGCGCUGUACUAAGGAAAAAGGGACGUUUCAUCUACUAUUUGAUAACAAAGGCAAAAUAUAACCAGAAACCGACCUAUGACAGCCUGAAACGGAGCCUGGAGGAUAUGAAGUCUCACUGCGUAAAAUAUGGCGUGACGAGAAUAUCAAUGCCGCGCAUUGGGUGUGGUCUGGACCGACUGAAGUGGUCAAAAGUGGCCGAGAUUCUGGAAGAGGUCUUCUACCACACAAACAUCUCCAUCACCGUCUACAGCCUCCCUGAGAAAACGGAGACCACAGUGAUGAAGGAAAACAUGCGCAGAUGAUUAUAUACAUUUAAAGAAUGUUUUUCUCUUUU